AUGUCACGGUUGCGUCGAGUGGAUAGAGCAAUUCUCGAGCAGAAUGAACCCAUUGACUCUCAAGACCAAGAGCUUCUCAUUGUCCAGUUGGCAAAGCAAAAUGAUGAGAACUUGGCGCUCUACUCUAAAGUGUUAGCUUUUGCGGUGGUGGUGGAGCUUCCCAUUUUAAUAUGGCUCACGAGAACAGCCAGUCUGAAAAGAGAAAAGUUAUUGUUUACGAUAAUUAUCACGCUCAGCUCGCUCCUCUCGUUGGUCAAUCUCAUGUACAACAUUGAUGAUUUGGGAGAGCACCUUCUGCGAAGAAUCAUCCUGAGAAACUGGAGUAGAUCCUUUGCUACAGUGUCGAAGCACAUUAUUUCCUUUAAUGGGGUAGCUGCCUUCAAUGCAUUGUUGCUUGUGGAUCUUGCUAAUGUGGCCAGGAAGCUGGGAUUCAAACAUAUGUACUGUAUUGUGCCCAUAGGCAACUUAAUCAUGGUGUUUUUGAUUCGCAAAUGGUAUUCCGAGAUCAAGGGCAAUGUAAAGGAGCUAGACGGUUUGCGGUAUGAUUACAAGGGAGUCUGA